ACUGCGAAUGGCAAUUUAUAUUUGUUUUGACUCGGCUUUCGAAUAGUUCGUGAAAUAAACCAUUUGUAGAUAACACACCUAUAUUCACAAAUAUCAGUGCGAUGCACCCUGGGCAAAUUGAGGUCAACGAGAUCAAUGGCUAUUGGACAUUUCUGCUGAGCAUCGAUUGGAAGGAUCCGUGGCUUAUUGGCCUCUUUUUGGCGCAUAUCCUGACCACCACAACAGCGCUUCUCAGCCGAAACAACACGAACUUCCAGGUUUUCCUCUUUCUAGUACUGUUGCUGGCGGUUUAUUUCACCGAGAGCAUUAAUGAGUUUGCAGCCCAGAACUGGAGUUCCUUCUCCAGACAACAAUACUUCGAUAGCAACGGCCUGUUUAUCUCGACAGUUUUCUCAAUUCCCAUUUUGCUAAACUGUAUGCUGCUGAUUGGCACUUGGCUUUACAAUUCCACGCAGCUGAUGGUGACUCUAAAAACAGCGCAGCUCAAGGAGCGAGCUCGAAAGGAACGUCAAACCAAGGCGGAUUCGGAGUCCGUAGCACACCAAAAAGCGGAAUAGAACUUAAGCCUUUAUUAUAUGCAGUGAAAAACACAAGUAGAGCUGUGAAAUUUGAAUGCUUUAAAUGGAGUUUGCUGCCAUCUAGAUUUAGUUUCCUGCAAAGCUCUCGGCUUCAAAAUAAAUUUAAAUUAGUAUAAACAAA